AAAACCUUAUGAGAACGUAUCGAAUUAAUAUUCUUUAAAGGGCGAUAAUGAUUAAAGUUGAUGUUAGUGACGUAGAGCCGGUGCUCGCUCGCUAGUGUCUGGCGGUGAGCAGUCCUCCUCGUCCUUAUGUUCUGCAGUGGCCGCGGAGUUUAUAAAAGGCAGUGAGCGCUAUGCGGUCACAGUUUUGUCCUUACUCAGCUGGAGUGCGCAAUCUCGCAGCUCGGAAUUAGAGCAUCGAGUCAGCGAUACAAAUUACGAGUAGACGCGUGUUGUGAAGUGCGAUGGCGGUUCUGCACGGCCCGUCCCUGAAGCAGGCGGAGAUCAUCGCGCAGGAGCUGGGCGAGACCCCCGGGGACAUCGCGCGCGGGGUGCAGGACCUGCGCAGCAUGCUCGCCGCCUCGCCGCACCUGCCGCAGCCGGAGAACGUCGACAAGCGAGUCCUGGAACUGUUUGUACGAGGUUGUCGCAUGGACCUGGACCGCGCUCGCUCCAAGCUGGAGGCGUACUGCCUGGCACGCGCCCGCUUCCGAGACCUGUACGAACAUCGCUCCCUCACCUGUCCACCUCUCAACGAUGUUUGCAAGUUCAUGGAUAUCGUAGUACUUCCGAAACUGACAGACGAAGGUUACCGGAUCACGAUAUUCAGAAUUCGAGCGGAGUACCCUGAGAGCUCGGCAGACAUCGCCAACACGGUGCGAGCGGUGCUCCUCACCAGUGACGUCAGAAUGUACGACGAACAUCAGAUUGCUGGAGACGUAUUUAUUUAUGAGGUAUCAAAUGUCCGUGGCUCGAUCGUGGCUCACGUAGCAGCUGCAGCAAACGCGGUGAGACGGUCCAUCCAGCUGGCACAGGCUGCGUACCCUCAAAGGUUGAAGAGGAUCCACGUGGUGGGCUCCCCACCAUUCCUUGCCUCCUCCCUCGCACUCAUGCGGAACUGUGUGAACGAGAAGAUCAAAAGACGGUAUUACUUACAUCCGAAAGUAGAAGAACUACUGGAACACAUUCCCGCACAAGUGUUGCCGAGAGAAUGGGGAGGGGAUGAAGAAAACAUUGAUAUUCUUGCGAAGAAGUGGAGGCGUCGUAUCGACGAGGUCAGCCCCUACCUGCGGAUCUUCAACGAAGCCUGCAGCACUGCGAAGGUUCCCAGCAACGACGUCGAUAUUUACGGCACAGUAGGAGCUUUCAGGAAACUCGAUAUCGAUUAAAAUUGUACGGUACGGCACUAGGAAUUUUAGGAGCUGACAACCUAUUCUACAGAUAUUCAUUAUACCGUUGUGUGUCGGAACGCAGAUCUACGCGAGACACAAUGUGUUUUCUAUUGUGUCUUAUACCUAUACCGACAGACAAGGGGUUAUUGAAUGAAAGUUCGUUAAAGUAGAGUUAGAUUGCAUAUGGACUCUUCACCACUAAAGAAUUUCUAGACUUACUUUAUAUGGGUGGAAUACGUCGCGUCAGCCUGAAAGCCAGUGUGACAUUUGAUUGUUUAGUUUAGUAAAUAAAUAGGAGUUUAUUAUUUAAGUUAUCGAUAGAUUAAGGUGUUCUACUUUAAUACUUUUGUAAUUGUGAUAUUUUGGGAUUAAAUACUUAUAUACCCUUAGAUGUGGGGGCUAUAUGUUA